AUGUCAAUAGUUCCAUACAAUACUAAUAACCGUAUUCUUUAUCAUGAUCCGAAUCAUGGAUUUCUAGUGUUACACAACAAUCAACAGAACACCAUCCAAUUAUUAUCAACAGCUGACAACAAUCAAACGGGGAAAAGGAAAGAUAACAACAAAAGCAAUGAUGAAUCGUUUGACAGCUCAAGUUUUGCUGGUUCUAGUGGAGUCAAAUGCCCUAAUUGUGGAUUUUCUUGGGAAUACAAUAGAAGGACUACAGAUAAUGGCGUCUUGAAUCAUGGCGUAGAUAUUGAUACCACAUCAGCAUUGACUAGACAGCUUCCUGGGGGGUUCAUGCAUCAUGAUUACUUCAAGUUAUUGAGUAAACUACCCUUGAAUAAUGAACAGAAUCCUAAACCUCAAAAUAGCUAUUCUUUACCAGAAGACAUAUUCAAUCCUGGCUAUUUUAAACGAUUUUUCAAAAAGGUACCACCCUACACCUUAGGUUCUGGUGCCCAUGCUCAAGUAUAUAAAGUCAUCCACGUACUAAAUGACAUUCAGUUGGGUACAUAUGCUGUGAAACGAAUCACUAUUGGAGAUAAAUUCGAAUUAUUGGAGCAAGUGUUGAAUGAAGUUUUAAUUCUUUAUGAAUUGUCGGUCAAAGGUGCCAACGAAAACAAUUUGAUACGAUAUAAUCAUGUUUGGGUUGAGUUGGGUGAUAUUAUGGACCUGUCUACAUUCUUCUUUCCAGAGAGUAAUAAUCUCCAACCAGAUACGUCAACGAAGGUUCCCUACGUGUAUAUUUUACAACAGUUUUGUGGUGGAGGACAUUUGGAAGACUUAAUUAUUAAAAACUUUCAAAAAGAUAAGCAUUCAUCAAUCAAAGAAAAGGUUGAAUUAGAAAGAAGAAAAAGACGUGCUUCAAGAGGAUUAGGUUUCGAUCAGGUAGAAUAUUCAAAGAAAUGGCUUACAAACUUUGAAAUAUGGAAAUUCUUUAGAGAUAUUGCAAAUGGUGUAAACUAUCUUCACACAAGGGGUAUAUUACAUCGUGAUCUCAAACCUUCAAAUUGUUUACUUGAUGUUGCCUAUGAUACCAGUGUAAUUCAUGGAACUACAUACUCAUCUGUUCAUCACUUCGAACAAGAUGUUUUGAAAUUACCAAAAGUCUUAGUGUCCGAUUUUGGAGAAGGAAAGUUCAUUAACAAACAACAUCCAAGAAACAGGAACUUUCCUAAAUUUGAUAAAGAAGAAAGACAAGGAAAUACCGGAACGUUGGAAUUUACAGCGCCAGAAUUAUGGUUUUCUAAUUAUGAUCCUUCCUCAGGAGAAAGUGUUCAAUCAUUCUUGAAAAAUUUUAGUUUUGAAAGUGAUAUUUAUUCGUUAGGGGUCAUUCUAUGCUAUUUAUGUGUUGGAGAACUACCAUUUACUUCUAAAAUACAAAAUGAAAUGGAUCCACAAAUAAUCAGAGAGAAGAUAAUCAAAUGGUAUAUGUCCUUGGAUGCAAGUCUGUUUCGUCACUGGUUUGUUGAAGCUUCUAACAAGGCAAGACAGUCACCGACUUUUGAUUCUAACAUCCUCAAAUUUGAAGAAUUAAUCUAUGUAAUGAUCAAAGGUAAACAGUCUGAAGAGAAUGGUCCAUUCCAGAGAAUUGGGUCAGUUGAAGUGUUAGCUUAUCUAGAUGAUAUUAAAUGGAGUAUAUUGAUUCCUAAUGGUGAUCCCGAACACGAGUUCACGGAAUUCAAGUUUGCUGAUAAGGCUGCAAAUGAUCAACCUUAUAUCACCUCUGAUGCUUUAAUUGAUAGCGAUGUACUGGAUUUACUGGAGGAGAACUUAUUGAAUUUGGUAGCAGAUGUAUCUGCUAACCAUACACCAGACAAGCCAGCAGAUAUUCUUAUUGAUAAAUCACCUACCAUAUCAUCACUGGCAACUACAAGAUUUUACAUUGCAUAUUUACUCCUAAUCGAACUUAUCUCAUACCACUAUUGGUCAGUCCCGCUAUUAUCAUUGAAAAUAGUAUUAUUAUCAUCAUUAUUCUUAGAUUCAUACGUGAUGUACGAUACCAAUCAUAGAUUUAGUAUUUUGAUAGCCAUUACAGCUGUCAGUUUAUUUAUAGUUAUUUAUCUGAUUCUUCUAAAAGUUAAUUUAUAG